AUGGCACGUCUUCUACCUUGCCUCUUCCUUGUUCUUCUCGCUGUUGCUCCAUUCCUUGCUUCGCCACAAACAAAUCCAUUGAACUUGAAAAAGCAUCAUGGAGUUUUCUGUGAUGUCUGCAAGGCACUUGUCGAUGGAGGAGAGAAAGUUGGAGACGAUGAUCUCGACGCAUGGCUCGAUGUGAACAUUGGAACUCUUUGCUGGACGAUGCUUCUUCCACUUCACCACGAAUGCGAGGAAGAGUUGAAGAAAGUUAAGAAGGAGUUGAAGAAGGACAUUGAGAACAAGGAAGCACCAUAA